CUGGAUUCCCUGGCGAUCGUGAUAGUCGCCUACGCAGUAACCAUAUCUCUCGCGUUGAUCUUCGCCCGAAAGUGCUUCUACGAAGUCGAUUCGAACCAGGAACUGUUGGCUUUGGGCUUGAGCAACGGUUUCGGUUCCGUUACGCAAUGCAUGCCCAUCUCUGCGUCUUUAUCCAGGACCCUGCUCAGGUACAAUGCAGGCGGUAAAACCCAAUUAGCCGCCGUCGUUUCGAGUUCUCUUCUAUUAAUCGUGAUUGUAUGGAUAGCGCCGCUGUUCGAAGCUUUGCCGAGGUGUAUUUUAGCUAGCAUAAUAGUCGUGGCGCUUACGGAAAUGUUGCUUAAAGUGCGAUUAGUUAAAAAAUAUUGGUUGUUGAGCCGAUGGGAGGGAAUAAUAUGGAGUGUAACGUUUUUGGUGACGUUUAUAUUUCAUAUAAGCGGUGGAUUGAUAGCGGGAGUUUUAACGUCUUUGUUAGUAAUGGGAUUGCAAUGUUACACGCCGAAUAAUGCUAUUUUAGGAGUUAUUCCGAGUACAGAUCUUUAUCUGGACAUAGAUAAAUAUAAAACGGCUCGAGAAUUGGCCGGGAUAAAAAUCUUCCGAAGUUCCGGCGUUUUGAAUUUUUCUGUAAUACAAAGCUACAAAAAGGCGCUGUUUAAGAAAACCGGGCUGGAUCCGCAUCGCGAGUUCAUUAGAAUGGUCAGGGAACAUCGAGAUUUGCAAGAGGAUUUCCUUCAAUUAAAUUUCGUUGUGCUCGAUUUUUCCAAUAUAACUUUCAUCGAUAGAAACGCUGUGGAAUUUCUCGCUACCUUAUCGCGCGAUUACAGCCGGGUUAAUAUCGAAUUGGUCAUUGGCGGAUGUUCAGAACCAAUAUAUAGCACAAUCGCUAGAGUUUACAGAGUAGAAAAAAGAGAAAACGACCUCAUAAUAUUCCCCACGUUGCACGACGCCGUUCUGUACGCUGAAACGAGCUCCAAUAAAAAUAAAUAA